AAAGAGUUAGCUGCUGAUCACGUAGAUGCAUUUGAAGUGGCUCAAUGUAUUCUACCAAUGCCAAUGAACAAACAAAUGGCUACCUUGUACACAAGGGCAAUGUUUCAAAAGUUUGAGAAAGAACUAAUACAAAGUACAGCAUGUUUCCUAGAGCUCAAAACAGAGGAUGCUUCAAAAGUUGUCUUUAAUGUGAGCGAAAGGAAAAAUUGGCAAACAAGAGUGGCAGAAGUCGUAUAUGUCAAAGAUUCUGACCACGCAUCGUGUAGCUGCAAAAAAUUUGAAUUUGUUGGGAUUAUUUGCAAGCACAUCCUAGCAUUGUUCAGAAGGGACCAGACUGAAUAUAUGCCCGAUAAAUAUAUUUUGAAAAGGUGGAAGAAAACUACGAAAGCUGGAUUGGUGUCAGAUGCAAAUGGCAACGAAAUUAAAGACUCUGCAGAUCCUGGUCUUUUAAUAAAGCGGAGUACAAUGUCCCGACUUGCUUCAGAUGUGGUUGAGGAUGCAUUAAUGUGUGAAGAAGGAUGUGAGCUAGUGUCAGAGACUCUAAAAAGUUUGCGGGUGAAGUUGAAGUUGUUGAAGGAUGGACCAAGUAAUAACGAAGUUGGAGGGUCUAGCUCUCAAACACAAUAUAUGAAAGACCCUAAGAGAGUAAGGUGCAAAGGAAGGUGGAAACAAGUAACGGGAGCAAAGGAAAAGCCAAUGAAGCGAGGGAUUCGACACUGUCGGGAGUGUGGAGACAUUGGUCAUGAUAGAAGACAAUGCCCAAGAAAUUUGAACACACCGACAUCACCGUCAAACAAUGAGGAAUCAACUCCAAUAGAUCUCAGUGACCCAUUAUUCGACGAAUUUUACAGGAUGCACGGACCUACCGAAUGAUUUAUGUUUGUAUUAUACAAAGGCCGGUUGUUAUGAAGGCUAAUGAUCAGGGUAAUGUAGCAUUUCCAGCAGGGAGCUGUUGUUUCCAUCAGCAGUAAUGAUUUCCAGCACGAAUCAUUUCUAGCAACACUAAUCAUUUACAGCAGCAACCAAUUUUUCCUAAUGUUAUGUUCUAGUGCUUGACUGGUUAUUAAGAUCUGACCUUGACUAUGAAGCAAUAUUGGUGCACGAUUUUGUAAACAUUCGUACCUGAAGGAUACUUGAAAUUUGCACUAUGUUGGAACACAAUGAUUAGAAA